AUGUGCAGCAUAUGUAAGAAAUCUUUCAAGAGUUACCAGGCAUUGGGUGGCUACAAAGCCCACCACGACAAGGGCGAUGCCACGGCUGAAGAUAAAGAAUUUACAGCCGUGGACGCGGUGGUGGUUGGAUACAGAGACAGAUAUGGAGGGAUUGGGCUGGACUAUCCAAUUCUGAAUCCGUCCCUGGUUGGAUAUGAAGAUCAGCCACGGAACAGUCCAGGCCACAAACGUUUGAAUUGUAACAGAUUUUUCUCAAAGGGUCAGGCCCUUGGUGGUCAUAGGCGGCACUGUAAAGGGCAAGUUCCUAAGGUAUUUGAUUUGGACCCACUGGAAUGGGUAACCGAAGAAAUGGAGUCCAGAAAAGGGAUUAUUGGUCGAGAAAAAAUGAGUUUGCCAUCACAUGACGAUCAUUCGCCGUCGUAUGACUCAUCUGGUUAG